UUCCCCGGAUCCUCCUCAAAUUUGUCACUCCUUUUGAUUGGCUUCUCACUUAGUGUAGGAGCUAUCCUAUGUGUAAGUAAUUUCUAUGUUGACAACAUCGAUUCUUGCUCCAGUAGUGGCAAGAAAUGUCCUUCCAAAGAGUAUUGAAUACUCUUUGAUUGUCUUCAUGUCAAUCACCAGGUAGUCGGGCAAGAAUAUGAACGAGCCAAGUUGGGUGCUUAGACCUCUAACAACUCCAAGAGCUCUGCAAGGGGUGUUGUUGGCAAGCGUGAUCUCUACCUUAACUUACUCCAAGUCAGCUAGUCCCAUUUCUUCAAGUAGAUAAAAUGGUAGUAUGUUGACGCUUGAGCCAACGUCAACUAGAACUUUGUCCAUGUGAUGGUCAUCCGUAAGACACUUGAUGAUGUAAUGCCCUGGAUCUUCAUAAAUCUGAGGGGAUUUCUUGAUCGUGAUCUUCCUUGGUUUUAUUGACUAGCUUCGCCAAUAUUGACACUAUCACUUCUGAUUCUCCAAAAGCUUUAUGUUGCUUGGGAGUUUUCCUUGAGAUUUCUGAGGUUAAGCGUCAAUGAAGUAGUGCAAGUUUUCUUUCGAUGUUCUUGUAGCUCGUUUGUAGUCCUAUCACUAUUUCCUCAAGUUUCUCGAACCUGGUGGGUUGAGUAUUGGAGACACCUUCUCUUUGCACCUUAUAUUGAGGUUGAUGGCAAAAUCCAGGUGGACAUGGUAUCUUCUGCUAUUGUGUUUCAUAAGGUGCAUUGGUAGAGGUGAUGUUGGGAUAGUCCUCAAGCUUCUUUCUUUCUAGGGAAGGCCAUUGACCAUAGGGUAUGUGAGGUGUUUUGAAUCUUUGAUAUGGAGGGUAGCUUCCUUGUUGAGGUCUCGCUUGAUAGCCUUGGUUAAUAUAUUUGAGAUCAACAUGUCCUUGCCCAUAGUGGCUAUAGAAUUUGAUACCUUUGUGACCUUCUUCUCCACAUGAUUCAGAAAUGAACAAGGAUGUCGUUGGUCCAUUCUUUGACAUUGAUACUUUCUUUAAUUGUUGGGUCAUCUCCAUCACGUGUUCACAAAGGGUGGCGACUUCAUCCUCCAUUCCUUGGGUAGCUUUCAAUGGUUUGAUCAUUGAUGGUUGUUUGGACUAGUUCUUUGACUUCCUUGCUAUUGUGACAAAAUGUUCUUGGCAUUUCACUUCCUCAUUGUUGUGAAAUCUCCAUUAGCCGACUGGUUCACCAUCAUAGUGGUAUCUCUAUCUAAGCAUUUGGCGAAGUACUUUGCAAUCUGGUCCUGUGUGAAUCCAUGAUGGGGGCACACAUUGAUGUACUCUUGGAAUGUCCUCCAAGCAUCAUAUAAAGUCUCUCAUUCCAUCUGUUGAAAUUGAGUGAUCUCAUCUUUAAGCUCCUCCAUCUUCCAUGUUGGAAAGUACUCCGCGAUGAAUGCUUGAGCAAGGUUCUAACCAGACGGAUGGUAAUCGAAUCCCUUCUUUGGUAGCUUCAUCUCCUAGAAUAGGGUCGACCAUCUCUAAGAAUAUGUUCAAGUGUUGCACAGGAUCAUUAUCACUCUUUCCUGCAAAUUCCCCAACUUGUUGUACCAUUUGGAUCACUUGAGUGGGGAUCUUGAUGCUGGUUGGUGGUGCACCAAUGCUUGAGGUGAUUUUUUAUGCUCUUAGCCUUGAGUACUCAUAAAAAGUAGGUGGGAUGGUCACUCUUCCUUCUCCUUCUCUAGCCAUUGAUGGUGUUGAAGAUGUUGAAGAGGCUCCUUCUUUGAAAUCAAAGUUGCAGUCUGCGUCAAUGUUCUCCUCCUCUCCCAAGCUUGGCUCGAGAUUUGUGUGACUUGAAGGCUCAUCUUCUCUUGAGCUAGAUGCUCCUUACUUCAUCCCAAAGAUGGGUUAACACGAUGCUCCUCCUUCUUGGACGAUCGCUUGCACUAUCUUUAGGUUUUUUGUUUUUCUUCUAGUACUUACUGGACUCAUAUGAUAAUAUGCAAAAUAAAAGAAACUUAAAAAUAAAAAGAGAUAUAAGAUUGUUAGAUGUUUAUAUACAUGAUUAAAAUUCUCUGACAACAUCGCCAAAAACUUGAUGGAUUUUAUUGGUGAUAAAAGUCCUAGGAUAUCCUAAGGUUGUAUUCGACAAGAUCUUCUAAUGCAUAACUACUCACACGACAUCAUCUAUGCUUACACGAAAGAGGAGAGGAUUUUCAUUGGUGUAACAAGCAAAGAAAAGCAAAGCAAGGAUAAGUAAAGUUGUUUACAGGUUUUUCUUGUACAAUAAUAUGAAAUCAUACACAUAAAGCAUUCAUGCAUACACAUAGGACAUCAAAAGUCACAAGCAUCAACACAACCAUAAUAUGAAAUCAUAGCAUCAAUACAUGCAAAGAUAAACGAGUUCACAUUCUCGAACAAUCAAUUUUGAACUAGCAAAAUAUAGGAAAAAGGAGUGUACCACCAUUGAUGAUGAUUGCAUCUCCUUAGCUGCACCCUCUCCUACGAAUAUUUAUAGGCCUUGGAGGCCCUUAACCCUUUAUUAUUAUUAGUAAGAAUUCUUUUAUUAAUUUCCUAACAAUGAUAAUUUCAACACUGGCUUUAAAUUAAUAGUGAACCGAUUUUACUGAGCUGAAGAAUUGUCCUUUCCUCCUUCUCCCUUCUCCCUUCCGGAUCAUAUAUAAUAAACCUUAGAAUUGGAGUACGAAAGGGCCCACCCUAAAGAGCUCUCACUCGAGCAGAGAGUUUACAUAAACCUACCAUCAAAAUGUUUACUUGACUUGGGGCGGAAGCAAGGCCUAAAGAUUGUCUGUUUGGACUUGGGCCUUCUUGCAGCGGCUAGGCAACUUUUGGGACCACCACUGUUUUCUUCAUGGACUAAACUCGAUAGCCCAUGAACAACCUCUCAUAAAGAUUUGAUCGUGAUUUGUCCAGGUUUCCAUAAGCGGCGCUUGGACCCGUUGUUGGGAAGCCGCUGGUUCUUGCUUCUGCUUCGCCUGAGUCUUCCUUCCUCUACUGGGCUUCUCUUAGACUCUACUUGUGGUUAAUAGUAGGCUUCUCUGUCAUUUAACCUCGUCUUUAUCAUGAAAGAUCCAUAUUAUUUUCCUUAUAGUUCUUUCAGUCCUCUAGAGUUGUCCAAUGCUUGAUCCAAAUCCUCCUAGGUCAAGUUCUUCCUUGAAAACAAUAAAAAAAAACAUACCAAGAAGACAUCAAAGAGUACAAAAUAACAUUCUAGGUCUAUUAAACACUCAUUGAUCAGAUAGUUAUAAUUUAGAUAUGAAAUAAAAGAGAAAGUACUAAAGAUGCAUUGAUAGAAGAGGGGGAACCUUUUGCGAAAUAGAGGUUGAAAAGGAGGUGAGAAACUCUAGUACAUGGAACGAGCAAAAGAGAAGAUACUUUCAACAAACACCACGUCACAUGACAUGUAUACUUGACGAGUCUCCAAAUCAUACAUGUGCUAUCCCUUUUGCGUCGCAAGAUAACUAGGGAUGCCAACAAAACCUGAACCCAUGGGUACCCUACCCGACCCAACCCGGUCAAUGUGGGUAAAACCCGUUUUGAUAGGUUAUGAGUCGGGUUCGGGUUUAAACCUGGUACACUGUUCACCGGGUUGGGUUUAGGUUUAGAGAUAUCCGACCCAUGGAUACUAGCCCACACUUAUUCCGUCGCCCUACUCUCCCCAAACCCUGCCCUAAUUUUAAUUUCCCCCAAACUAACUAUCCCCAAACCCUACCCUAAUUUUAUUUCUUACCAAGGUAAUGUUUCCUUUUUCCCAACAGAAGUGGGAGUGAUAAAUUAAUAAUUGAAGUUGAACACACCAUGUUUGUUGGUUUGCUGCUCUCUCACAAAUAAAAUAGAAUGAACGAAAAACAAAGAAUUGUUUGCUUUUAUUUAGGGUAAUUGUGAUUUGUUUGAAUUUUCUAGACUAGUAUUUGAUGUAUGGAUACUAUGUAUGGGGAAUUGAUGUUUGACUUUUAUUUUGGUAGGAACUUGUUAUUGUAAAAUUUUGCCAAAAAAACCACAGGCACCCAUGAACCCACGGAUACUCUACGAGUUGGGUUGGGUUGGGUUAGAGUUUUCCAAACCCAACUGAUUUUACACUGAAAUUUUUUUUUUACGGAUAAACCCAUGGAUUUGGGUUUAUAAAAACCCGACCCAGUGUCAUCCCUUAAGAUAACCAACAAAACGACAAGCACGACCCCUGGUCGCAAACUUACAUAACCUGUGAUGAGUAUCAUUUGCAUAAGCCAAACAAUCAAAUCCCCGGAUGUGACCCAACCAAAUUUAAAUGGAAAUAGAAAUAUGAGUUUAUAUAUUUCAAGUUAAUUAAAAUUUAAUAUAUAUUUUAAAAUUCAUAAAAAAAUCUCAACCAAAUGCUAAUUGAUUGAUAUUCCUCACCGAUCAGACAACUAGGGUCUGGCGGAAUCCGGUUGGACAUAUCUGAAGAUCGACGAUGGAGAAUGGAGGUGGAUCAGACACCGAUUGGAAAUAUCCGAAGAUCGGUGAUGAAGAUUGUUGGCUAGUCAGACGUUGUUUUCUAAUCAGUCUUAAAUUGUCGACAAUCAAUAGUGCAAAUUUCAUUUCAGUUAGAAAACAAGUAUGUGACCGUCGCCAACGACCUGCUAUAACUUUUUUUCCUCGCAGAUUUUUCCCAGAAUCUUGUGUGUCAACCCAGUCCUUCUCCUCUCCAACGCUUACAAUUUUUUUAAAUAUACUGGAAUAUCAAUUAACUCCGAAGAUGCAGAGAUUUGAUAUGAAACAAAUAACAUUUUUCAAAUACAAUAUAAAUAAAUGAGCAAAAGAAUAAAUUUGCUACUUCUUACAAAAUAUGUGGACAAAAAAUAAUAAAAACAUAGACAACAAAUAACUAGUCUCAUUAGGAAAUGAAGAAGAACAAAUGGUCUCCAAUCCCAUUAAUGAUAGUUGGGAUUGGGAACUUCCCAACCAAACCAUAGAGAAGCAAAGAAGAAAAUGAGAAAAAAUCCUAGAACCUCAUUAGGCCCCUCUCGAUCCAAAUAUCAUAGGCCGCUCACUCUCAUCCACACGAAGCCAAAGCCAAAGCCAAGAUCAAACAUCCGCCCUCACAUCACAAUUCCCUCCUUCCCCACCAGCAAUUUGUAUUUGUUCCCUUUUUUAAUAGGGUACAAUUCCAAGUAUCAUUUUGGGUCAUGCAAAUUGAACUCGAUGGUGACGAGCUAGGCUAGCCCACAUAUCUGAUAUCUUCCUCUUUCCGUUUCCUUUUUUGAUGUCGUCAUAAUUCAUGUUUCUUUUUCCUUUUAUCUGCUGGAGAAGUGAAACCAGGGCCGGGGGAGGGCGGGGCUGGGGCAGAGGUGGUUUAACUUUUUCUGAAAUAAGGAACAAACUAAACCCACACAAGUUGAAGCCCCAAAUAAGCCCUCACAGUCACAGUGACAACAAAAGAGACACGUUCCCUUUUAACUUACCACUCACCUUACACUUUCAAGGGCACACCAUUAUUCCUCUCUACUUGCAGCCUGCAACCAUCCCAUCCCAUCCCUCCGCUUCUUUCUGCUUCAGCGCUACCUAGGAUAGGAGGCCAAGUAAGUUGAAGCAGCAUCAUGAAGCCCAGUGAAGAAUACCCUUUGCAGUCUACAGCGGAAGAAGCUCAUGCAACAGUAACAUCAUCUAGCCAUAGCCUCAACACCACACCACAGAGCCACCAUGAAGACAUGAAAGCAAAGGGCUGCCAUGGCACAAACCAAGACGAACAAGAAGCAGCUGUCAAGGAAUUAGACAGUAGCAUUACUGCAAGGGAAGAAGCAGUGGUGGAAGAAACUGCAACAACAACCACAUUGCAGCAACAAGAGGAAGAUGGUUGGUGUGGGAGGGAGAAGCUGAAGAGGCACAGGGUACAAGUGGCGGGGCGAGUUUGGAUCCCUGACACUUGGGGCCAGGAAGAGCUGCUCAAGGAUUGGAUCGACUGUUCUGCCUUCGACGCUGCUCUCGUGUCCAGUGGCAUCAUGUCUGCUCGUGAUGCCCUCGCAGCUCAGCAGGGCUUGAGGACACCAUGCCCCCAGGGAUUAAGCAUUGGAAACAGGUGUUGAAAUGAUCAAUUUUAUACAACAUUAAUAAGCAGUGCAUGAACAUUCGUCCUUUAUAUGACUUCUUCUGUAUUUCCCUUUUCAUGUAUUUGUGGCAUCUUCAUACUUCCUUCACAAUGAGAGUUACCCCUUUCACCUAGUGUCGAACACAGCUACUUGUUAUGCUGUUAUGAAACUUAAUAUAGAAUCUUGCAACAAAGUAUCAAACUCCAAUUGCGGUUCUGCUACAGUUUUGGUUGAAUCGUUACAUUUGAGGACGAGUUUAAGAAAUAAGACAGCAGUGUAAGAGAAUUGUACUUCGGAGCUAACAGAUUUUUGAGCUAUAUCGUCUCAUAACGAAAAUGCUGUCGCUAGAAUGGAACAACAAUUCUUCCAGUUUAGAUAAAUGAUACACAUCACUGACGCUUGCUUGAUCAUACACAGACCAAAAAUUCUGUAUGUCCAUCAAUUACUACUGGUUGCCAGUUCCCAUAUCUUUAUCAUGCCAUCAUCACUUGCAGAAGCCAACACCCGAUUUUCCUGCCAAGGUGAAUUCAGUUUAUCAACAUUAAACCUUCAAAUCUACAAUGCCAAAGUUCAUAUUUUCGAGCAUCUAAAGAUAAAGAACAGAGGCCAUAAUACGAAAGCUGGCAGGGAAUUAUUAUGUUAUAGAAUCUAAGUAUCUUGACCCAUAAUUUUGCAAUCUUUACACUUGUUGCAGUAUGUGAGAGAUACUAGAUUUCAAGUUCAAGAGUGGCAGGACUAGGUAAGACUGCAUCAGCGGAUUGCAAUUUGUGAAAUACCCAGUUUGUAAUUACCAGAUUCAAACUUAACUGAUGAUAAUGCUAAUUUCAGUAUCAAGAAGAUUCAGUCUUAAGUUAUAAAGACUAUGAUCUUACCCCAGGACUCCAUUGCACAACGUUUACGUCCAUAUCAUGGGCUUUUUCCUUUUUCAACAACAGUCUAUAAGAAGGACCAUCAACCUGAAAUGAGCAGAGAGAUCAUUUAGAUGAAGAUGUUUGGAAUAUAAGAAGCCAGGGAUCUUAAAUAUUUCAAGUUUUGCAGUUAAGGCUUCACUAAACAGCAUAGGCACCCUUGAUCAUAUUUUAGUAUUAGUGGCAAUAAAAGUACACAGCUAUA